UCCCGCGAGCUCAGACCCUGGGCCAGCUCUGCGGCUCUCGCGGUGUUUGCGCGAGACUGCUUCCUUCCUCCUUCCCCUGCCAGUCCGCCUGCCUUCCUUCCUAGCUUCCCGGCCUGGCCUUCCCCUCCUUCCCCUGCCGGCCCCCUCCCCGCAGGGAUAAUAUGGUCUCCGGCGAUGGACUCCCCAAGUGCAGGAUAUACUUUUGAGUACCUUAUUGAAACAUUGAGUGAUAGUUCACCUAAGAAGUUCUUCAAUGUACCUAAACUUGGAGGCACCAAAUAUGAUAUUCUGCCUUAUUCAAUACGGGUCCUGUUGGAAGCUGCUGUACGAAAUUGUGAUGGCUUUUUAAUGAAAAAGGAAGAUGUUAUGAACAUUUUGGACUGGAAGACCAAACAAAGCAAUGUUGAAGUGCCCUUUUUCCCUGCCCGUGUUGUUCUUCAAGAUUUUACUGGAAUACCAGCGAUGGUGGAUUUUGCUGCUAUGAGGGAGGCAGUAAAAAGUCUUGGAGGAGAUCCUAAGAAAGUCCACCCUGCCUGUCCAACAGAUCUCACAGUUGACCAUUCUUUACAGAUCGACUUCAGUAAAUGUGCAAUACAGAAUGCACCAAAUCCUGGAGGUGGUGACCUACAGAAAGCAGGAAAGCUCUCUCCACUUAAAGUGCAGCCCAAGAAGCUUCCGUGCCGAGGCCAGACUACCUGCCGCGGAUCGUGUGAUUCUGGAGAACUAAGCCGAAACUCAGGAACAUUUUCUUCACAAAUUGAGAAUACGCCCAUCCUGUGUCCUUUUCAUUUGCAGCCAGUGCCUGAACCUGAGACAGUGUUAAAAAAUCAAGAAAUAGAAUUCGGCAGAAAUCGAGAGAGGCUUCAGUUUUUUAAGUGGAGCUCAGGAGCUUUUAAGAAUGUUGCUGUCAUCCCUCCUGGAACUGGAAUGGCCCAUCAAGUGAACUUAGAAUAUUUAUCAAGAGUAGUUUUUGAAGAAAAGGACCUGCUCUUCCCAGACAGCGUAGUUGGCACAGACUCUCAUAUAACCAUGGUGAAUGGAUUGGGAAUUCUUGGGUGGGGAGUUGGAGGCAUUGAAACAGAAGCAGUUAUGCUUGGCCUGCCAGUUACUCUUACUUUACCAGAGGUGGUUGGAUGUGAGCUAACUGGCUCGUCCAAUGCUUUUGUUACAUCCAUAGAUAUUGUCCUUGGCAUCACAAAGCACCUCAGACAAGUAGGAGUGGCUGGAAAGUUUGUUGAGUUUUUUGGAAGUGGAGUUUCACAAUUAUCUAUCGUUGAUCGAACUACUAUAGCGAACAUGUGUCCAGAAUAUGGUGCUAUCCUCAGCUUUUUCCCUGUUGACAAUGUGACACUACAACAUUUAGAACAUACAGGUUUUGACAAAACCAAACUUGAGUCAAUGGAAAAAUACCUUAAAGCUGUGAAAUUGUUUCGAAAUGAUGAGACUUCUUCAGAACCUGAAUAUUCUCAGGUGAUACAGAUUAAUCUGAAUUCAAUAGUUGCAUCUGUCAGUGGUCCAAAAAGGCCUCAGGAUAGAGUUGCAAUAACAGAUAUGAAAAGUGAUUUUCAGGCUUGCUUAAAUGAAAAGGUUGGAUUUAAAGGUUUUCAAGUUGCAGCAGAAAAACAAAGUGACACUGUCUCUAUUCAUUAUGAUGGAAGUGAGUAUAAGCUGUCCCAUGGAUCCGUGGUCAUUGCUGCAGUUAUCAGUUGUACCAAUAAUUGUAAUCCGUCUGUCAUGCUUGCUGCAGGUCUUUUGGCUAAGAAGGCUGUUGAAACUGGUUUGCGAGUUAAACCUUAUAUAAGAACAAGUUUAUCUCCAGGCAGUGGGAUGGUUACGCAUUACCUCAGUUCAAGUGGAGUGUUACCCUAUCUUAGCAAGUUAGGAUUUGAAAUAGUUGGCUAUGGAUGUUCAACAUGUGUGGGAAAUACAGCACCUUUAUCAGAAGCUGUUUUGAAUGCAGUAAAACAGGGUGAUUUGGUUACCUGUGGAGUUUUAUCUGGAAACAAAAAUUUUGAAGGUCGACUUUGUGAUUGUGUUCGUGCCAAUUAUCUUGCCUCUCCACCCUUAGUGGUGGCUUAUGCCAUAGCAGGCACAGUGAAUAUAGAUUUCCAGACAGAACCUUUAGGUACUGACUCUACGGGCAAGGAAAUUUACCUGCAUGACAUUUGGCCUAGUCGAGAAGAAGUUCAUCAGAUAGAAGAAGAACAUGUUGUUUUGUCCAUGUUUAGAGCUCUAAAAGAGAAGGUAGAGAUGGGAAAUAAACGAUGGAAUUCCUUAGAAGCACCAGAGUCGGUGCUGUUUCCAUGGGAUGUGAAGUCUACUUACAUCAGAUGCCCUUCAUUCUUUGAUAAACUUACCAAAGAGCCAUCUAUACUCCAGCCUAUUGAAAAUGCCCAUGUCUUACUGUACUUGGGAGACUCUGUCACUACAGAUCACAUAUCACCUGCUGGAAGCAUUGCUAGGAGUAGUGCUGCUGCUAAGUAUCUGACAAACAGAGGCCUUACUCCUCGAGAGUUCAACUCCUACGGAGCCCGAAGAGGUAAUGAUGCUGUGAUGACAAGAGGCACAUUUGCGAACAUUAAGCUUUUUAAUAAGUUUAUUGGGAAGCCAGCUCCCAAAACAAUUCAUUUUCCAUCAGGACAGACGCUUGAUGUAUUUGAAGCUGCAGAGCUAUACCAGAAAGAAGGUAUCCCACUGAUAAUCUUAGCAGGGAAAAAAUACGGUUCAGGAAAUUCAAGAGACUGGGCUGCCAAAGGACCCUAUUUGCUGGGUGUAAAGGCUGUUUUGGCUGAAAGUUAUGAAAAAAUACACAAAGAUCAUUUGAUUGGAAUGGGCAUCGCUCCACUUGAGUACCUUCCCGGAGAAAAUGCAGACACUUUGGGCCUCUCUGGUAGAGAAGUAUUUUCUUUAUCCUUUCCUGAAGAACUCUCUCCUGGAAUUACAUUAAAUAUGAAGACGAGUACUGGAAAAGAAUUCUGCGUGAUUGCAUCAUUUGAAAAUGAUGUGGAGAUAACUUUGUACAAACAUGGAGGCUUAUUAAACUUUGUGGCUCGAAAAUUCUCAUAGUAUAUACUCACCGUGGUAUCUUUCGUGACUGGUAACUGCAAAGCCUUUUGUGCUGGAGCCAGGAACCCUUGCCAUGGAGCGGCAGAUAAUUCCAGUAAACUCGUUUAUCUCAUCCAUGGAUGUAAAUGAUUAUGAAUCAGUGUAGUAACUGAAAUGAAAUCUUGAUCUUAAAUAAUAUACGAAUGGUGCUAUUAACAUUGCUAAAAAUCAACGUGUGAAGUGUGUUGUGGAAGAGACCUGUAAGUAUGGGGGUUAUAUUUUAUCAGAACAUUUUGUAAAUAAAGAUAGAAUUUGAACUUGUGUUAAAGAUUUAUAUGAGUAGCCUUUCUGAAGCUGUUUGUUUUGUUUUGCCCUAUAAAAUUGGAUUGCUGUUUGUUGGUUUCAGAAUAGCAAGUUGAAAUAUAAGAAUCCAGAUUAGACCCUAAUUUAUAAAUGAAUUUUUAAGUGUAUUUCUUUCCAGAAUUGAGUUGGACAUAGUUGGCAUUCCCAAUUUGUAAUGUAAAUCAGGUUUACCCUUAGUCUCAAUAUGUCUGAGGAUUAGAACCUGCCCCAGAUCACAGUUUCUCUGACCAGUCCAGCCAAAGUUUACUCCAUGCCUGAAGAUAAAAAACUGCAAAAUAUAGAUGAUUGUAUGAUACCAUGUGUUAGGUCAAAUAUACAUGCUAUGAUACAGCUCUGUAAUUUUUUAGUAAUUUGCCACUGUGACCCCUCUGGCAAGCCCCAAAUUCUGGUGUAUUAAUUUGGGCUAGAUUUUACUCAUUUUACAUGAUGCUGUAACUUCUGUAACCUCAAUUAGGUAUUACCAGCUGACAUUCCACACUCCUUUUAUGAAUGCUGAAAACAACUUUGAAUCAAUUCUAUAUUUCCUCUAAACUUAAAAGUUAUCUACCCAAAAUUAUUUGGCUAUGCACCCAAAGUAUUUUUAAUGUUAUUUUUUUUUUUUUUUUUUUUUUACAGUCGUUUAAGUUGACUUACUGCUAUUUGAAUAUUUGGGAUACAUCAGUCUGUUCAUUUCAUUGUGAUUUGUUUGUUUUUAAUCAAGACUGACCAUGAGGAUAAGACACUUGGCGAUCAUUGCUGUCUGCAUGUCGUGUGUUCCCCCAGUUGCAUUUAUAUCUGUUACAACACAUCACAUGCUUUGUCCAUGUUUUAAAUCAUUUUUAAAAGGGUUGGUAAUUACUUUUAGAAGGCCCUAUACCUCUUUUUAAUUAAGAAAUUAAACCUAUCAGCAAAAUGUUAAGUGCAAUGAUUUUUUAAAAUGUUUUCUUCAUCUGAUCUGGUUUUGAGCAUAGCACAAAACAAAAAGUACUUGUUUUAUGCUAAAAUUCAGGAACUACCAGACCAGUGAGUGACGAGCACUGGGAACUUUGCACAUAAUCAGUCAUACAGUCUGUUGAAGUCUUUUUCAGAUAUGUAUAUCUAGUUGGACUAGAAUUUGACAAAACAAAGUCUUGUUAUUAAGUGUUUUUUGCUACUUUGAAAUCGUAUUGUGUUCUGAUAGAAGCCAUGUGUCUGUCUGUGCAUCUGUGUUAAUCUGGUGGAAACCUGAGUUAGGAAUGGGGAAGUUACAAGUUGAAUAUUAAAAAACUGGUACAUGCUUUGAAGAAAUGGUAAUUCAGGAUGUUUAUAUGGGGGGUGUCUUAUUUUGAAGGCAUACUCUGUCAAUAGUCUGAGUUAAAGGUGUGGAUAUAAACAUCUGAGAGAUGAUAAACCCAGCUGUGAAUCAAACAUAUACAUUUCCAGUCCACCCUCCAGGAAUGGUGUAAAAAAUUGUAUUUCAAGAACAGAGUCAAGGUUCUCAAUCUCUUGCUUAUAGACAGUGAACUAAACUCUUGAUAAGCAUGGUUUUAAAUGGGAAGGAAAUUAAACGCAUGUCUCAAUGCGUAUAUUUUAUAAUUCUGCCUCCAGCCAAAUGAUACAAAAAUGUGAUGUGAUGGCCUGUGUUUAAUGUGUUACUUCCUUUAUUUUGACUAAUUUUAGUAUUUCUGUGUUAUUUUCUAAACAUUACCAAUUUUUGGGAAAGGAAGUGAACACAAAAAAACAAAUCAGUAUUGUGAACAUAGUGCAGUUACCAACAGCAGCAUUUUAAUCUCAAGAACAUUAUGUUCCAUGCUGUUGUGUGCCUUAGUUGUGCUGCUCAUACAAAUGAAGGAAAGACUUCCAGCAGGUACCUCUGUCUCUGUAUAAGCACUUGGAUGAGAGGUAUCUCUUCACCAGACUGUGGAUUUUACUGGUAUCGAACUAAAUGUUGUAAAGCUGAGAGCUCAGCCAGAGCCAGUUACUUGCGUAUGUGAUAACAAUAUAGUGUGCAUUCCUCUUCUCAGUGGUGAGUGACGAGAUGAAAAAAAUUGACACUUUUCAGGGGUUGGAAACCAGCUUCCUUUUUGCUUUUGAGUCUAGGGAAAAGACACUAAGAUACUGGAUAAUGAUACUAGAUUUGAUUUUGGGGAAAAAACAGGGAAAGGAAGUGGACUUUGACUUUUUUCAGUGGAAUUUUUUUCCCCUUCAAGGGGAACUGUGACUGUGCUGAUGUGAUCUUUUUGUUUUUGUUUUAUCAAUUUUAUGCAUAAUACAUGGCUAUAAAACCAUAUAUAUAUAUAUCUUAAGUAACUACAAAUCAUUGUUAUUUAAAGCCAACAAAAUAGCAUAACAGUUUUAAGUUCAAUAAUGUUAAGUAUUGUAUAGAAAUAUAUUGGAGGUAAAGUUCAGUUAAUGAAAUUGUGUAUAUGUUAUUGAUGCUGUAAAUUAUUUUUAAUAAAGAAAUUGUAUUACCA